ACAAUAGGAGUUAGCUCAACCUGACUGUAGUCAUGGAAGCAGGAUGGAGAUAACUUCUUUGAAACUGGAAUGAUGGUGGUAGCUUUGAAGCAUGUGGGGACAACAGCCUGUUUACAUUCUGUGUGUUUUGCAGGUGUCAGGGAUGAUUAAUAGUGUUCCGGUUCCGUCAGAUGGGUGUGGUGUCUGUUUUCUCCCACAUCACAUUUAACAUUAAUCACUGACCUACAAACUCACAUUCUUUUCUGCAUUGAUUUCUCUAUAAUGGGUCUAUCGUUCACUUUAUCGAGCUCUCAAACUCAUACAGACUGAGUCAUUUUUCCUUAAACCAAGACCCAGGGGAUUUCUUAACACAAUCUAAUUCACUUUAAGUGUGUCCGUGUGCACAGCUGAGUAUUUCAGAAUGUGAAGGCGUGAAAUGGAUUUGGUUCUCUGCCCUCUUCUUCAGUUUGGGUGUUUUGCAGAAGAUGUGCCUGUGCCCGGAAUGAAGGCUCGCUGCCUCCGUAAUACUUCCGAAAAUCAAAAUGGGGAAAUUCUAAGAAUGUUGGGUGAAGUGGUGUGUUUGUCCCACCAGCCCCACAAACCUCUUUCAGCCAAUCACAGGAGACUCACAUGGUUUAUAUAGGGAGUGUUGAGCUCUAUCAGAAUUAAAUAGAAGACACACAAACACGGUGAAAGCGUUUACCUGCCCGAUCUGUACAUCAGGAAAUAUAAAAUCGAAUAACUGAAAGAGGGGGAGAGAGAGAAAGAGAGAUGGCCAGAUUCUUUAUGUUGAGUUUGAUUCUUGUUCUGUCAGCGAUCACAGUCUGUAGAGCACAAAACAUUCAUCAUGGACAUCACCACCCAAAAUCAGUUUCUGCAGAUGUUUGGUGUCUGAACGGAGGACGUUCUGUGUCUUUAUGGUCAGGUUUGAAAUUCUGUCUCUGUCCUGAUGGUUAUAGGGGCUCCAGCUGUGAGAAAGUGUUAGAAGAUUCUGCCUCUUGCUUUGAUGGAAACUCCUUGUACUUGGGCUCAGUGUCUCAGUCGGAGAGAGGGCGAGAAUGUCUGCCGUGGGAUUCAAAACAUUUGCAUGCGAUCAGAAGAGCUGAUGGAGAUCUUAACCUGAGACCACACAACAAAUGCAGAAACCAAGACCGUGGCUCUAAACCCUGGUGCUACGUCCAGACACGAUAUGGAAUUAUAAAAGAAGUUUGUGACAUUCCUCAAUGUACUAACCACGAUUUGCAGUGCGGCAUGAAGGAGGAACGCAUCAUGAAGGUUGUGGGCGGGGCUUUGAGUACAGUACAGCGACACCCCUGGAUGGCUGCGGUGUUCAUGCAGAGGUCUCCAAGUCAGACUCAAGUGUUCAUGUGUGGCGGGAGUCUCAUCUCACCCUGCUGGGUCCUAACGGCCGCACACUGCUUUCCUCGUGGCUCUCAAAUGAAUAAGAAUCACCUGUCAGUGUUUCUAGGGAAGAACGCAAUAAAUGAGACGGACCUGAACAGAGAGCAGAAGUUCAGAGUCUCUGAGGUCAUCAUCCACGAGAACUUUGACAACACAGACGGGAACUUCAACAAUGACAUCGCGUUGUUAAAGAUUCAGAGUUCUAAUGGUGAAUGUGCUCGAGAGUCCCGCUCGGUGAAGACGGUUUGCAUCCCUGAUCCUGAACUCUCGCUCGAUGACGGGACGUCUUGUGAUGUCACCGGAUACGGCAAAGAGAGAGAAGGGUCGUGGCAUUACUCUCGCUAUCUCAGAGAGGCAAAGGUGGAUGUGUUGUUACAUGGUUUGUGCUCCAGUAAAACAUACUAUGGCAACAUGAUGACAGACAACAUGCUGUGUGCCGGGAGUAAAGACUGGAGCACUGACACCUGUAAGGGUGACUCCGGUGGGCCGCUGGUGUGUGCGGUCGGUGGUCGUGCGUUUCAGUUUGGUGUGGUGAGCUGGGGUGAGGGAUGUUCUAGAAAGCUCCGUCCUGGCGUUUAUACAAAAGUGAGCAACUACUACCGCUGGAUUCAGGAGAAAACCUCCUCCAUGAAAUAACAUGUUCUCAUUCACACACACACCUGUACCUGACGCUGGUUGUCUGCACGAGAACAUUCCCAAAGACACCAGUUUACAGUUCAGAGCAUUUACAAUCCAUAAACUACAAAACACAACUACUGUAAUCCAGGACCAAAUGUGUGUAAGCAGGUCACUGGAGUUCAAAUUUACAGUAACACUUUUGAUUUUUGUUGUUUUGUUAUUUUAUAACUUUGUAGGCUUUGAUGGUGAUGAUUGUUGACUUACAAAACAGAAAUGCUGAUUGAUCUGUCAGUCAUUUGGUCGUUUUGAGAUUAUGGCCGAUAAACUGUGUUGACCAGUGUGUUUUUUCCACACAGACAAACCUGUUUAUAGCAAACAUGGAUAACUAUUUGUGUUAAUUUUGGGCGUUGUAAUAAAUAUUAGGGCGGUUUCCCAGACAGGGUUUAAAACUACACUGUAAAACUGUGCUGUAAUAUUACAACAGAUUUCCAAUUAUUUACUGUAGAUUUGAUGAAUACUCAGUAUUUUCCUAUUAAUACUGCUUUUUUUUUGUCAAACUUUACUUUAAUCAGAAUUAAAACACUUUGACUUUUGAUAUUCAAAGUGAGCAAGAAGAGACUGGUCUCAUCGCUGGCAUUACACUGCAAAAAUGGCAUUCUCCCUAAGCAUUUUUGUUUUGGUUUCUAGUAAAAAUAAUUAAAACUUGAUGAUGCAUUUACAUAUCAAGAAAAAUAACCCAAGCUAUUUUGUAUUGUUUAAUAAAAGAAAAUAUAAGAACUAGGCAAGUUUGUUUUAAACAAAAUUGAAUUAAAUUACUGGCAAACCUGCCGCAAAACUACAGCAAAGCUGUAAAUGUAAGAGGAUCGAAUACAACUUACACUGACAUAUCUUAAAAAUAUAUCGGUGUGAUAGUGUUGUGUCAAGAUACAAACCGGUAAUGUUUUAGUUUUUGUAAACUAUGUUUUUUUAAUUGACUUAAAUAUCCUAUAUAAAUAAAGUCCUUAAAAAACAACUUCUCUUAAAGAAAUUAUUGAGUUAAUAUAUCUAGUUAGCAGGAGGUAGUUCUAAGAAAAUAUUAAAUAAUAAGUGUGAUUUACACACACACAAUACACAAGCCAUGUAUAUAUCUUCACAUUACACAAACACAUUUUAUGUAUUUUUUUUUAAUUAACAGUAUAUUCCUGCUUUUUUAUUAAGUGUCAUCUGUGUCUGUCUAAGGUUUUAGUGACUGUAUGUUGUGUUUAUUUUACACAAAACUGCUGAGAGAGAGAGAGAGAGACUCACACAGGAUCAUAAGAACAGCUGUGAAUGUAAUUCAGUGCAGCUGCUGAAAGGAAAGGCCACGUAACAUCCCACUGAUCACGUGAUCAUCAGAGAGGUGAUGUCAUCACUUCACCAGUGAUCACUUCAGCAAUGAUGUCACUCAUUCAUUUUAGAACUGUUACUGAAUCGCUUUGAAAUUACUAAUGAAAAUGUUCACAGAUGCUCUAUUGCUUAUAGGGCUUCCGGUAAAAAAUGUAUAUACUUGCAUGUUACUAUAAGAUUCAUUGUUACA